CCCGGAGGUUCACCGGCACCUGGCUUUCUCCCUUCCCUGAAAUACCGCAACCCCCUCCUUCGUUUUAGGGAACCAAGAAGAGCCAUUGUUUAUGGAGAAAAGCCCUUUCUUCCUGUGCAAGGAUCGUCCCAAGCCACAGCAGGGCUGGGUGUAUAAAUUUACCGGGCGCUUCUACCCCGCCCCCCUUGUGCUCCAGCCCCGCCCUGAUCUUCCCCUUUCGCGUUUAGCAGGUCUGGGGCCGCUUGUUUCUCUUUCACUCCUCGAUGGCCUGAGGCGCCUCGGUCCCCGGAGCGAGGGGAGAAGCGGGACGCUACAGCCGCGGCCCCUGCGCAGACUUGGCUGGACUUGCAGGUGUUAUGGAACUGUCAGCCGGGAGUGAGCUCUGGGCCUUUGCCUUUUUCUGCCGUGUAGGAAUCCUGGUCUCCUCAGAAAGCUUUACCCUGAAAGGAUCAGAUUCUCCAGUGAUUGCCACAGUUGGCACAGAUGUCAUCCUUCCAUGCCAACUUUCACCUAGGACCAGUGCCAAACAGAUGGAAGUGAGAUGGCAUAGCAGUGAGAUUCCUGGCCUGACCCAUCAUUAUGUGAAUGGGCAGGAUGCCCCGCAGAAGCAGAACGCGCACUACCGGGGAAGGACAGAGCUAUUCAAGGAGGAGCUUCCCAAUGGCAAUGUCUCUCUACUGUUAAAGAAGGUUCAGGUGGCAGAUGGAGGCAGCUAUGUCUGCUUCAUUGGCAACAAAUUGAAUUAUUUCGAAGGCCUUGUGGAGUUAAAGGUUGGAGCUGUUGGCACAGGCCCCACAAUCUCUGUGCACCGUUCCCAGGACCAGGCAGUGACACUCACUUGCAGUUCAGAAGGGUGGUAUCCGGAACCAGCAAUACUGUGGACUGACAUGCAUGGUCAAAGACAGAAUUCAACUGUGUCAUCUGUAAAAGAUGUUCAAGGUCUACACAAUACUCAGAGUCACGUGGAUGUGAAAGAUAACAAGAACCAGGUCCUGGUGUGUCAGCUCCAAAGCAACUUCUGGGACCAGACAAGACAGUCGGCACUGCAACUUUCCAGUGAUUUAUUCCCAUAUGAUAAACACCCAUAUGUAGUCACCACAGUGAUAUUCUGUCUAUUGUUCAUUAUAUUGGGUGUGAUUACAGGCUUCGUAUUCAAAACAGAGAGAGAAUCCAAAGGAAAGCUUCAAAUUGCAAAAGAGCUAUUGAAGGCCCAAAACUCAGCUGUGCAAAUCCGAUUGGAUCCUAAAACAGCCCAUCCCAACCUUCAUAUUUCAUCGAAUUUCCUACAUGUAAACCACACUGACCAGAAGCAAGCGGUGACAGAUACUCCAGAGAGAUUUGAUGAAUGGGCCUGCGUCCUAGGAUCUGAGACCCUCCAAGCUGAGAAGGAAUAUUACUGGGAAGUGCAUGUGGGAAAUAAGACAGACUGGGAUCUUGGGGUAACAAACGGGAAGGCUAAUAGGAAAGGCUGGCAAGAUUUGAAGCCAGAGAAUGGGUACUGGGGGAUACGAUUUUUUAACAGUACUGAUUAUAUAGCCUUUGUGGAGUCUCCAGUUAAACUAAGACUUGGCAAACAGCCUGAAGUAGUUGGGAUUCACUUGAAUGGUAAGGCUCAGAGUUUAAAUUUCUAUGAUGUUUCAGAAAUGUCUCACAUCUACACUUUUAGACUGAAAUCCUCUCUGGAUGUAUACCCCUAUUUCUGUCCUGGUCUGAACAAAAAUGGGAAAAACAAAGACCCUCUCAAACUUCGCUUUCUCUCUCAUGGCUACUGUGACCUGAUGUCUUCAAAUUCCAUUCCUUCACCUCCCACCUCCACAUUGGAGCUCUUGGGAAGCACUAAAGGAAAGGAUGUGGCCACAGAACACUCCAGCCUCAACAACAGUGAUGAUGUCACUGUUCCAUUUCUACACCAGGCUUCUUGCAGACAGAAGCAGGAGCCAUCUGCACCAUCUGGCAAUGUGCACAACUGUGUACAGGUUCUUAGUUAGUAAUUAGUUGGCUGUUGGACUGUGGGGUUUACCCUCCACCCCAACUGCAUUUCCUUGGGGGGCUUUACAUGCCCAAGUCCCAGAGGUUUAAAUA